AUGGCUAGUCCAAAUUCUCAGUCGCGAGUUCCCAAAGCAUGCGACCCAUGUAAUCGCCGCAAAGUUCGCUGUAACGGCCAACAAAGAUGCCAGCAAUGCGAGCACCUGGAUCUCCUCUGCACCUACACAGAGAACCGUUCAUUGCGAUCAAGAAAACAUGCACUACGUCGAGGAGCCGUCAUCUCGAAAUACAAGAGCGCCAACAGCCGAACUGCCUCCCUGACACCACUUCUCUCUCCACUGGCACCUACAGCUUCACUCCAACUACCAAUCUCGUACUUUGAAAGCCUAAUUCCAGCCUACAUGUCCUAUGUAUACCCAUUCAGCCCAAUAAUCACCGACACAGAAGUGCGCCUAUCAAUCUCGAGGAUGCACGAAAGAGAGCACGCUGCCUUCAUCUACGCCUUCACCGCAGUCACCCUGGACCUAACUCGCUCUUCUCAACUCGGCACCAAACUUGGAACCCCACCAACCUCAACACAAAUAACCGACCUAAUGCGCCAGUCCGUGGAAACCCAACAACCACUAGUAAUAGGCUUCCGACCCUCAAUCCUCCGCGCCAUGACAAGCGUCUUCAUCCAGAUGUGCGCCAUGAGCCUCGGCCAGUACGACCUCGGCUUCUUCUACCUCCGCGAAGCAAUCAGCAUGAUCCAGAUGCUUCGCAUCAGCGACAAGACCAUCAACUCGGGCCUCACCACUGCCGAACGAGCCCGACGCCAACGACUCUACUGGCAAUGCUUCAUCCACGAGCGAUUCAUGUCGAUCGUGAACUUUACUCCGGCGACAUUGCCCCCGCACACGCAGUACCCAGAAGAAGAUGCAUUCUUGGCCCCUGAAAUCCAGCAGGGUUGGAUGCAGGUGAUCAAGACGUUCUGCAUGCUGGAUGCGUCGUUUAUUAGUCUGUGGAUUGGAGACCGCACGCAGGUGACUGCGUCGUGGGUUGAGCGGAAACACCGGGAGCUGGAUGAUGCGUUGUGGGAGGUGGAGGUUUCUGCGCUGUCGGAGCUGCAGCAGGCGGAUUUGGUUGUUACGAGGCAGUGGAUGAGGACCCUGUUGUGGCAGAUGGCAAUGUCGAAUUGUUUGCUUAGUUCGCAUGCGUCGUGUCCGUCGUUGGAACUGGAGAUGCCGUUGAGGUUAUCGAGUCAGCUCAGGCAGUUCUUGACGAAGAUCUCGCAGAAUACAAUUCGCAUGCAUGGCUCAUCGAUGAUUAGCAAGUUGUUGGAGAUUGUUAAUACUAUUGCUGAUGUGGUGAUUCAUGUGCCACAGGCGACUAGGGAGGAGACGACGAGUCGCAUCGAUGAUAUUGUUUUUAUACAGGGGGUUGUGCUUUCUUUUCAUAAUCUGCAGGUUAUGCCGAAACAUAUUCUGUUGGACAAGUUUCGUUUGAUUAGGGGGAGGUUCCCGCAGAUUGAGAUAGCUAUGCAAUUGGCUGUUUAG